UUCAAAGACGACUUUUCCCCAAUAAAACGCUGCACAGCUUGUUCUAAAGACGACCCUUCCCAUUGCCCGCAGUGGAUCGAGGAGGAGCAUCAUGGACGACAUUUGGAAAUCUGAGCGAAGGCGUGCAAAACCUGCACAAUCAGGGGAGGUGGUCGACUUGAGCUCAAAGUUUGGAAUCAAUUUCAACGGUAGCGACUCCGAGUCCAGUGAUGAGGAGUUUGAACCGGAAAAGGCUGAAGUGGACUCAGAAGAUUCUCAUGAGUUUAUAGGAGAUGAAGAUCCUCAGGAAACUUCUGAUAAGGAGAGUGGCAAUGAAGUUACUGAUGAUGAUGACGCCAUGGAGACGGAGGACACACCCCCUAAUGGUGGUGGUCCAAGCAGCUCAACUGAAUAUGUAUACAAUCCACUGAUAGUGAGACGGUCCAACAGAGCUAUCAAACCCACCAAGGAUAUUGACCUCUAUCUGCUAGGCGCUCAGUUUGGGGUGGACCUGGAGGGAGGUGAAGUGGACAGCAGUGACCCUGAGUUCUCACCAGAGGGAGAUCGAGAUGGUUCUGUCAGUGGGUCUUCUGUGAGUAGCUCCAGAUCUAAUCACAAGGCCAGUGGUGAGGCUGUGGCUGCUAGUGAACGCAGCAGUACCGUGAACCAGACCACUGCAUUCAGUCUAGCAGCCAUACCACUCUGUGCUGUGUGUCUAGAGGACAGUCAAGAUGACGGCGAUAUAGUCGAGUGUGACUGGUGUGGCAUAUCCGUGCAUGAAGGUUGCUAUGGUGUUCCUGAGGAUGAUGGUGUUGAUGAAGACAGGUCAUCUCUCUCUUCGUUCACAACCAUUCCUUGGUUUUGUGAUGUCUGCAAGGCUGGCCUCUCACCCACCUCUUGUCAUUGUGAGCUAUGCCCUAAUGUGGGAGGCCUCUUCAAGCAGUCUGUCAACGGGAGGUGGGUGCAUGUGGUGUGUGGGUUGUACACUCCUGGUAUAGCGUAUGUGGAGCCAACUGAGUUGUCUGGGAUAACACUGGAUCAUCUGUCUGCUGUGAGAUGGGGUGCCCGAGAGUGUCAACUCUGUCAGGAGGUCGUCUAUAGUAGGACUGGGAUUGUCAUCAACUGUGAUGCUGGCAUGUGCAAGACUUACUUCCAUGUCACUUGUGCCCAGCGCUUUGGUCUCCUGUGCGAGGUGGAUGGUGAUGAAGAGGACAAGGAAUUGUGUGACCCCUACUUUGCUCACUGCAAGGCUCAUGCUGAUAAGGACAUUGCUAAGAGAAAGAAAAGGGACUAUCUGUUUGUGAUUAACAAGCAGAAGAGCUUUGUCCGGAGCACUGCAGAUGAUCGGAUUCAGCAUUACUUGGAGGAGGCAACGGUGGAGUACGUGGCUCAGUUCAGGAAAAUGCAGAAGCACUACAGACCUGAGUUGACUUUCAGAAAUGAGGAGAGACUAUUGCACUACCUACCUAGUGCAUUCCACUAUCUAACGCAGAAGGCCCAGUUGCUAGGUUACGAGACAGAGGUCAUAGGUCAGGUGACAGAGACAAGGAGGAUGGUCCCACCCGGACUCACUUGUGAUUUUGUUAACUACUUUCAUGAGAGACAAAGCCGAUUGACGUCCACAGAAAGUGACGUGCAACAACUCUCUGACAGCAACUCUACGCUAAAGAUCGAGGAAAAGACUACGAAGGAACAGUUGUCAUCUGUUGAGAAGGAACUGGCCUUGCUGAGGUCUAGAAGCCAACAGCUGCAAGGCCAAGCUAAUACCCUCUAUAUGAAUCUAGCCAGGCUGACCAAAAUCGAUGUCAGACUACCCCUGAGAUUGAAAGACACUGUCCCUGAAGAGGAUGAAGGGAUGUCGACAAAGUGUGUGGUGUGUGAGGGAUCACAUGACAAUCACCUGAUGGUCUUGUGCGACACAUGUGACAAUCACUACCAUAUUGGUUGUCUGGAUCCUCCACUGUCUAAAGUACCCAAGAAGACUGUGAGAUGGGGCUGGGAGUGUCACAGGUGUUAUCGUGACAGUGAGGAUGAGUUGGCCCCUACUCUAGCCAAUCAUAACGAACCCUCGUCUCGCUCGGGGAGAAAGUUACAGCCACCCAAGACUCUGCUGUAUGCAGACCCACAGGUGCACAAAUCAAGCAAAAAAACAAGAGGAAAAACUAAGAAAUAACUUAACUAAUUAUACAUUAUUAUUAUAAUUAUUAUUAUUAUGUUUUUGCAUUAUUAG